AUGAGCUCUCUGCAAUCUCUCCUCCUUCGCUGCAAGCGCUGCGUAAGGUCCUUCGGCCUGUCUCUGCGCAGAAAAGCACCCCGCAGAUCGAGCAUCGCCACCGCCCUAAUCACAUCCUCGGGCACACAGCAAAUGAGCGCAGCACAGCUAACGCUUCAGCGAAUCCACGACCAGGCUUCCGGCAAUAUACCCAAAAAGGAUGACUCCAGAGGAGACAUCAUCACCGGCAUCCCCGCAAAGGGCAAACCCCGCCUGCUCCUUAUGGGCCAACGAAGGAGCGGAAAAUCAUCAAUUUCCAGUGUCGUCUUUCAUAAACUUCCACCAAACGAGACCUUGUUCCUAGAGUCUACAGCUAGAAUACAAAAAGACUCCAUGGCAUCAUUCAUGGAAUUCCAAGUAUGGGAUUUUCCUGGUCAGAUCGACGUCUUUGAGACGCCCAACUUUGAUAUGGAGGCCAUCUUUGGCGAGAUCGGAGCCUUAAUCUGGGUUAUCGACGCUCAAGAUGACUACCUAGAGGCCGUCGCGCGCCUCAACACCACAAUCUUGGCCCUUCAAGGAAGCUAUCCCAACAUUAACAUUGAAGUGUUUAUCCAUAAAGUUGAUGGGCUAUCAGACGACUACAAGCUCGACAUCCAGCGCGACAUCACCAUCCGCAUCCAAGACGAGUUGUCGGAUCAUGGUUUUGAGAACGCGCCCGUCACCUUCCACCUCACCUCCAUCUACAACCAUUCCAUCUUCGAGGCCUUCAGCAAGGUCAUCCAAAAGCUCAUCCCGCGCCUCGGUACGCUCGAGGCCAUGCUGACCAACCUCUGCCGCACCUGUCGCUUCGAGAAGGCGUACCUAUUCGAUGUUAUGUCCAAGAUCUACAUCGCUACCGACAGCUCGGCCGCCGACAUGGCCAGCUACGAGAUCUGCAGCGACUAUAUCGACGUCAUCAUCGACAUCACCGAGGUCUACGGCACGUGGCAGCGCAGCGAUGAGAGCCGCGCGCGCCUCGAGGGCGAGCCCCUCCACAUGAAGCUCGAGGACCAGGUCGGCUGCGCGACUGCCGAGAGCUGUCUCGUUCUGCACGACAGCAACAAGCCCAUCAUGCUUCGCGAGGUUGACCGCUACCUCGCCCUCGUCGCCAUCAUGACGGACGACUCGUACGAGAAGAUGCCCCUGGUUAAUAUGAAUGUCGAGACCGUCGUCGAAGGCAUCACCGAGUUUUUCAAAAUCACGAAGCCCAAACCUCAGGGCCAACAGUAG